AUGUAUAGACAGGUAAUUUGUAUGAAUCAAUGGAUAAACAGUGAAAUUUCGACGCGCCGCCCACUUUUUUCUACGUUGUAGUCUGUAGGCCAAUUGUCAUCUCGUGGCGUCAUGUGAUGAUGAAAACGAAACUUUUGUUGUUCUGCCGGGACAAGUGUAUAAAAGUGUCCUUUCUGGGUGAUGCAAAAUCGCAAUUUUCAUGUUUUGUCAUCUAAAAUGACACAUUUUCAGCCUAGAGUAAUGUCGCUUGCUCCGAAGGUAUUUACACGCCAUUUCUCAGUUAUCAACACUUCCUUUCCCCCUCUCAAAAGUUGCCUAUUUCAAAACAAAUUCGUGUAGAAAAUAUGUUUUUCGAAAAGCCGCCGGAACCCCUCGCCACUUCCAUAACAACCUCAAAAAACGACUAACUCGUACUUUCCCAGUUUUUUUUCGGAAAUUGUCAUCAAAUCGUGUCUAGACCCUCUCGCUAUCUCGUUCCCAUUAGAUAAGCACCGCCCGUCUCCUUCUCCUCCUUCAUUUUCGUUUCCUUUUUUGUUUUCAAUCGGUGCGUGCGCGCGCGCGCAAGGUUUCCCCUUUUGAUUUUGUCGUUGUGUCGUCUGUUGUUGUUGGGUCACGCCACGAGCUUUCCGAAACUUUGAAUAUUGUAGAUGUCGAAGGCGUUCAUCGGCAAGCCAGCCCCGCAAUUCAAGGCCCAGGCGGUCGUCGACGGCGAGUUCGUCGACGUGUCGCUGUCCGACUACAAGGGCAAGUACGUCGUGCUCUUCUUCUACCCGCUCGACUUCACCUUCGUCUGUCCCACUGAGAUCAUCGCGUUCUCGGAUCGCGCCGCCGACUUCGCGGCCAUCAACACUGUCGUGCUGGCCGCCUCGACCGACUCGGCCUUCUCGCAUCUGGCCUGGAUAAACCAGCCACGCAAGCACGGCGGUCUCGGCGAGAUGAACAUUCCGGUGAUCGCCGACACGAACCACCAGAUCUCGCGCGACUACGGAGUGCUCAAGGAGGACGAGGGCAUCGCCUUCCGUGGUAAGCACCCGAAAAUUUAAAUGAAUGGCUACAGGGAAUGCAAUUUGAAGAUGCACUUCAAGUUUCCCAGUGUGGACUGACAAAGUUUGCUAGAGGAUUGAAAAUUUAAGAGUAUUUGAGCUUACGAUCUCUAAAAAUCAGAGCUUUGACGGGCCAGUCUAAGGCUUCGCAAGUUUGCUAAAACUAGAGUCAGUUGGUGAUGGAAACACAUUUUUGCAGCGUGGUAUUGGAUCGGAAAAAUGUAGUUUCUAGUGCGCAUUUCCGUUGUUUCAUAGUUUUGAGUAACUUGUGCCGAAGUGCGCCACCAAAAAUGGAUGAAAUUGGAUAUUCGAGUAGUAGCUUUAGGUUGCCUAGCUCAAUAAAAUGUUUUAAGCCCUUGCGCCAACUUACUCUGGCUCAUUAGCUCUUGGUAAACUGUAACAAAACAAGCUAUCCCACCCAUCUCUUUUUCUAAUAGUCAAAACUUGAAUUUUUCAGGGCUCUUCAUCAUUGACCCGCAACAAAACCUGCGCCAAAUCACGAUCAACGACCUGCCGGUGGGCCGUUCGGUCGACGAGACCCUCCGUCUCGUGCAGGCGUUCCAGUUUGUCGAGAAGCACGGAGAAGUGUGCCCAGCCGGCUGGACCCCGGGAUCCGACACGAUCAAGCCGGGAAUCAAGGAGAGCAAGGAGUACUUCAACAAGCACUAA